AUGGGUAAGCGCAAGAAGUCAAGUCGCAAGCCGGUCGGCCCCAAGAAGAGGGAGCCUUUGCCAACCACAUUCUCCUGCCUCUUUUGCAACCACGAGAACUGCGUCAUCAUCAAACUCGAUAAGAAAGUUGGCCUGGGUAAUUUGACUUGCAAGAUAUGCGGCCAGAGAUUUCAGACUGGAAUAAACUACCUUUCUGCCGCCGUGGACGUCUAUUCAGAUUGGAUCGAUGCAUGCGAUGCCGUUGCGAAGGACAAUGAGAAAGACGCGCAGAAAGGAGCUGCAGCGGGUAGCUCCAGAGGAAAUGUGGCUGAACGAGAGGAUACGCGGGUUGUAGACGAGGACGAGGACGAAUAUUAG